AUGAAAGGUUGGACAACUUCUAGACAGAGAAGUCAAGACAGUUGUCAACCAGUCGUUCAGGACGGGAAGGGAAUGCCUCAGACGGUCAAAUACCAUGUCGAUGACAAGCGGUCUUAUGGAAGUCCUGGAAAGAAGUCUAUCCCUGUUCAACGAAAACAAUGUGAAACCGAUGAGAAAAUAUUUCCAUCCGUACAUCCUGGCCAACCAACUGACUGUGCUGACAUCCAGACCCUUGGGGCGAACGUCAGUGGUGUCUAUGCCAUAUACCCUGGGAAGCAUACCAAUGUUUAUUGUGACAUGGAGACGGAUGGGGGCGGUUGGACCGUUUUUCAACGUAGAAGUGAUGGUUCCGUAGACUUCGGUCGAAAAUGGUCUGACUACAAGAUUGGCUUUGGAGGUAUCUCUUCCGAGCACUGGCUAGGUAACGAUCUGAUAUAUCAACUAUCGAAUCAGAGGAAUUACGAACUGCGGGUUGAUCUGGAAGACUUCGACGGAAAUACUGGAUAUGCAAAUUAUGGCCUCUUUCGAAUUGAUAAUGAAACACUUGGCUACAAACUGAAUGUCGGCGGCUAUUCGGGCAAUGCAGGCGACAGUCUUGGUUUUCAUAGCGGGCAGAUGUUUAGCACAACAGACAACCAGAAUAAUGGGUAUCAUAAUAAUUGUGGACGCAUUUUCAAUUCAGGAUGGUGGUUCAAGAACUGCUACAGUUGUAACCUCAACGGGGAAUAUCGACAUUAUCAGGGCCGAAAAAAUAUUACAAAAGUAAAGUGGCGCUCUAGUAAAACUUUUUUCUUCUGUAAGAUGAGCGAAAUGAAAAUUCGACCCAAAUUUGAAGAGCAAGAUCUCUAAAACAUCGAUUAAUACCUUGGUCACAUUUGCUCUAUGGCGGCCGUACGGCGAGACGAAAACAGCCGUUUUAUUAAUUUUGAUUCAAACCACCUAUAUGUAGUUGGACUUACUUUAUUUUCUCAUUCAAUGUUCUCCAAGGGCGUAGGCUGGUUUGAGCAUGGGGGAGGUGCACAUCCUUGGGAGGUGGAACUAAAGUAGUAUGGGGUGCACAUUUUGGGGAGAUGAAACUAAAGUUUGGAAAAUCAGCCGUUGAAAGCAGAAGAAGGGGUAACAAUUUCGUUUAGCUUGCCAGUGUCGGAACUCCUCUGCCUCAGUAGGAGGGUGCACGUGCACCCAUAUACAGUGCACUCCAGUCUAUACGGCCUUGUUAAAGGGGAAUCCAGCCUUGGCCAUAAAAUGCUGUGUGGGGAAGGAGAAAAAUAAAUGAAACAGAAUGGUGAAACUUUGAAAGAAAUCGGACAAGCAAUACAAAAGUUAUAGCUGCUUUAAAAUUGAGAUCACUAAUACUAUGUAGAUUUCAAAUUGGCAACUGGGUAAGUAAAUUAUGACAAGGGGCAAGGACAACUUUCCCAUAGGCCAUGUACUUUAUUAUCAGGGAUUUGUUGUUUUCUCCUAAAUACCCAUUCCCCUGGGGCAGUAAUCCAAAUAUAACCCAUGUAGUAUAUUGUUUUAUGUCCUCAUGAAAGAAAAAUAUAAUUUGAAAUAAAACUUUAGAGGAAAAUGACAUUUUAGCCGUAAUAUGUAUUGGAGUACAUGGAAGAGUGGUCCUUGCCUUACAUCACUAUGACAUCCCAUAUGCGGCCAAUUUGAAGUCUCCAUGGGUAUAGUGAUUACCAAUAUUUACAAGUUUUAAAAAUUCAUAACUUUCUUGUUGUUUGUCCAAUAUUGUUCAAACUUUCACCUAUCA